CCUGGCAGGAGCGGGACGGGCGGUUGGCAGCGCCUGUGCCGCCGCUGGGGCUCCUGGUAGAGGAGGCGUGUAGGGCCGUCGCCUCCUUUCCCUAGCUGUCCGGCGAGGAAGGCACCUGGGCGGGCGGUGGCACCCGGAGGGGUGGAGGAUAUUACCUCAGGAUCAGAUGCUUCAGUAGUACCUUUGACAGAUACGAGUCUUGUGAGCCUCUUGUGAGCAAGGGACUUAGGCCUGUGCAGGGCCAUGAAGCCUUUCGGGAGGCUUUCAAGAGGAAGAGCUAGUAGACUGCUCUGAAGUUGAUACAAGCUUCUCUGAGAAAAAGAGCAGGGCCUGGAGGACCUGUGAUAGGGAGCAACUGUUUUCAGAUACCUGCAUUAAAUCUCAGCAGUGCUUUUCCGCCAGCUGCUGCAGAGCAGAAGAUUAGCAGACAUGUCCAUAGCACUCAAGCAAGUCUUUAAUAAAGAUAAGACUUUCCGCCCAAAACGUAAGUUUGAACCCGGAACCCAGAGGUUUGAACUUCACAAACGAGCACAGGCCUCUCUCAACUCAGGCGUGGACUUGAAAGCGGCUGUGCAGUUGCCCAGUGGAGAAGACCAAAAUGACUGGGUUGCUGUCCAUGUUGUUGACUUCUUCAAUAGGAUCAACCUCAUCUAUGGAACUAUCUGUGAGUUCUGCACAGAGACCACCUGCCCGGUGAUGUCUGGAGGCCCUAAGUAUGAAUACCGGUGGCAGGACGACAUGAAGUACAAGAAGCCCACAGCAUUGCCAGCACCCCAAUAUAUGAAUCUUCUCAUGGACUGGAUCGAGGUGCAAAUCAACAAUGAGGAUAUAUUUCCUACAAGUGUAGGUGUUCCCUUCCCAAAGAACUUCCUUCAGAUCUGCAAGAAGAUACUCUGCCGGCUUUUUCGGGUGUUCGUUCACGUCUACAUCCAUCACUUUGAUCGUAUCAUCCUUAUGGGGGCAGAGGCCCAUGUCAAUACCUGUUACAAGCAUUUUUAUUACUUUGUGACAGAGUUCAACCUCAUAGACCGCAAAGAACUGGAGCCUUUGAAAGAGAUGACAACCAGGAUGUGUCACUAAAAAGCUCCCCACCGAAGAAAAGACAAGUCCAGGUUCCUUCUUACUGCAGAGUUCAAGAACGUGACAGCCCUCAUGGACUGAGCCUGCUUGUUCAUCCAUGAAAGCAGGGACCUUGGGAACCACAGUUACAUUCACAAAUGCUUCCCGCUACUGUCAGUGUUCUUAACCCUGAAUAUGCUGCUAGGAACCUUGUCUGAGCAACAUGAAUUAUUGAGAAAAAGAAGAAUCAAUAUUAGUUCGAGCGCCUUCCUUAGGGAUAAGAACCUCUUCAGCCAUGAAUGAUGACAGAGGGUGCUCCUGCUGCUAAAGCUUUACUGAAAUUCAGAUCCCUGGGCUGACUUCCAGAUUAGUUGUUUUGAAAUGAAACCAUAUUGUUAGCUGCAAUGUUGUUCUCCUUUGUUUUUUGGUAUGUGCUUUGUUUCCCAAGUGCAGUGGAAUAUUACGGCAGUCUGGAAUCACAGAAGACUUUUUGCCUUUAAUGCCCCCCACCCCUCACCAGAGGCCACCCAAGGUUUUGCCACUGUUCCCAAAUGCCAGUGAGCCUUAUGUUUCCAGGAACAUGUUGUGUCCUUCGGCUGAUUGGGCAGUUUGUGCUUCAUUGUGGCCCAUAAUUGGGUGACAAUGAGACAGUUUCUGACUGCAGUUACACGAGCAGGAGUCCAAAUACAGCUCUGCAGUGUUGAAUUAUUUUCUUUGAACUCAUACUGUAACUGACAGCUAAUCUGCUCAGUAUCUCUACAUUACCUAAAAAAACACCUAUAGUCAGCAUUUUCCUGAUGUACCCUAUGAAGUACACCAAUCUGUCAUGUAAUUUUAUCCUCCCAUUCUCUUAGAAAAAGGAUCCUUCUCAUUCACCUUAAAAUUUCAUCUUUUCAGGGAAAAAGAAAUUUAAUUUUAGUAACUGGGAGGAACAUGCAGUAAAGAUGAGUAGUACAAAGGUUGCAGCAGGAUGCACUCAGCGAAGGUCUCUAUUGCAUCUAAGCAGUGUGGCUUGCUUUCCACGCUGGACUAACACAAAUUUUUUUUCCGGUACUCGGUGCAACAUAACUCCUGUAUGGACAGCCUGGAAGGAUCCAUUGCAGUAAAUCAAGUCUUCUAUGCCAAAUAUGCCCUGAUAAGAGGCUUUCUUCUCAAAAAAAAGAAAAUAAAGCAAUACUUGAGAGAUCACAAGAGAGAUACAGCUGAAUAAGUGGGAAUCAAGUGGAACACACCCAUAUAUUCUGUGCCUUCUAAUGAAUUUUGCACAUUUGUGCUAUUGUGAAAGAUUACUCCUUCCUAAGUGCUGAACCCUGUUGCUGCCUUCCCCUCAAGUGAGUUAGGGAUGUUUACAUCUUCUGAGACAGUAUCAGAAGCAAAUCUUACAGAGUAUCCAGGGAUUGUAACAUUUAAAAUUGAGGGGUAGCAGACACUAAAGAGUAAUGGCAAACCUUUUCUAGCUCAUAUUGUGGGAUAUUCUGAUUUGCUUGCCUGCUUGCCUAAGAUAGGGCUUGUAAAUGUUAGUGAUCACGUCCCUGCUGGGACAAAGGGCUUUGCCUGUAAAAGUUCAGUGUAGCAGUGGUGGAGGCAUUUCUGCAUCUUUAGAAUUAUGCAAGCAGCACUAUCCUUUGUUUUCAAGGGGAUGGACUGAAGUGUUCCCACCUCCUUCGGUGGUCUUUGCAAUCAGGUUAACUCUUUGGGGAUUGGAAUGCGCACACAGAUAAUUUCUGGCCUGCUGGCACCUCUGCGGGACAUAACUAGCUUGUGGAAUUCAUUGCCACAGCUGCUGCUGAGCUUAGCUGCCUCAUUUUAAAGAUGAGAAAUGUUACAUCUUUGAAAGAAGAUACAUGGUACGUGUGGAUGACAACUGCCUCGAAUGACAACAUCAAGUGCAUAUGAAAGGGUUUCUUGUACUCCUCCGAAGUGCCUGGGCUCUUGCAGUGAUGGAGAUGGACCUGUAGCUAAUACGGGGCUCUUGAAUUUCACUGCGGCCAGUUACCAUCUGGUGUUCUUAUGGCUGGGCAGUACUGCAGUGCUACGUUUUGAAAAUUAACAUGAAGAUGCAAAUGUGUGGAAUUUUAUGCAUAAAGAUCAAAGUUACUACGUAAACUGAAAAACGUGGUAUUUUAUCCAUAAAAUAAUUUAUUCUGCAUUUUAUUAUGCUGCUUACCAUAUGCUGUUUCGAGUCUAUUCACUGUAGCUCAGUCUGAAGAUGAAGCAGAAUUUGUACCCAGUUACUUUGAAUUAUUUUUAAAUCACCUUUUUGUGAAUGCAUUAAUUUUGUGAGUGCAAAACUUAACUGUUGGAGUAUUCUCCUAUUUCUAAAACUGUUUUUCAUAACCUCUUGUGUUUCCUUUUCUGCUGCAGCACACUGUAUGAGGCAAAGGAGGGAAAUGCAGAGUUGAGCCCUGCAGGAUUUGUGUUUGACCUGGCCGAAAUUCCUGUAAUGGGAAAAGCCCAUUACAACCCUUGAACUGAACCAGCCAUAAAGAAGUGCAAAAUGUACUUGUUUUGGUUGCUUAUUCUCAUGGGGAGCACGUGGAGUUUGCUAGGUGAUGAACUAAACUUUCUCCGAAUGGCAGCGUUUGGCCUUUGGCUGAAUAUAUCCCAACAGGUACUCUUGCUUCCACUUAACGCCAUGGGUCAUUUCUUCUUUUCCUGUGCCUGGUAUCUGAUACCCUUGUAAGAAUAAUGUCUGGAACAUGGCAUCACACCAUGAAAGUAUCCUAUUACCCCUUCCCACAUGGAAGAGGGGCAGCGUCCUGUUGGAUCUCAUGAUCAAGGAUUCCAGCUUCAGCAAUAAUUUGCUCCUGGCCACAUCUGGACAGAAUUGUGUUUUGUUGUUAAUUGCAGGUCCUGAUUUAUGUGAUUCCUUGGGAUAUGUAAUGAGAACUGAGUUUAAACGUGAUUGUAUGCAGAUGCACCCAUUUCACCUACUGAGAAAAACUUUCUACCUGAUCUGAAUUAUGUAUGUUCCUAGUCAUUCCAGCAUUUCAUAUGGUUCUGGGAUUGGGAGUGAGGUUGUUUGUGUUUGUUAGGGUAUUUUUUUCUUUUAAUCACCUUUCUAGUCUCUCAAUCAGGUGUUGUUUUUCUUGCCUAAAAAACCAAUUUAUUUUAGUCUGGUACUUAAGAGAUGCUAUUAGUGUUAAGCUUCAAGGCACUAUAAGAGGGAUCACUUCAGCUCACUGAGACCACAGUCAGCUUGACUUCAGAGCGUGAAAGGUUCCUGUGAUACCAAAAUAGCCUUCAGUGAUUAAAGACUUAAUAGCUUUCAUUCAUUGUCUCUGUAAUAAGGGAUUUUGUAAUGAAAUUCUACUUUCUGUGAACAUAGACUAGUGUCACUGUAGUGACAAAUGUAACAUGAAACAGAUCUUAAUGUAACCUUCCUUAUGCUUUAUGAAGGAUGGAGUCCCAGGGUCUAUCAGAGGGGUUUGGUUUUUUUUUUAGAUACACAGCAGUGAAAUUGAUGAUUUCCAUCAGAUUUGAGAGAAGCUGUGUACUUAAAAAACUUGAGUUUUCUCCAAAAACUCAAGCUCUCAACAUCAAAACUUAUAUCCAGACAAGGUAUUUCAUUCUCUCAACUACUGGAUUCAUUAAGAACAAGGCAGGGAGAGAGGAGGAAAACAGUUAAUGCGUACCUUUAUGGAGACCUACAGACAACUACUCAAGACAUGCAGAAACCUAAUUAAGGGGUAAACAUUGUCCCAGUGAUCAUGUGCAAGAAAAUUCCUGGGGUUCUGUGGAGAGGAAACCGAGAAUGGUACCCUUUGCAGUCAGGGAGCCACUAUUACCAAGUCUCUACUAACAACAGACUAAAAGGGUCGUUCAGCACCUUUGUACUUGAGGUUGAAUAAGUUACACAUUCUGGAGCGCUCUGACAAAAAGCCAUUCAUUCCUUCUGCUUUUUACCUUUCCUGCAUGUUCUUCAGGUUUCUCACAUUUCCCAAAAGUGAGGUCUCAAGAGCUGGCCUUCUGCCUUUUAAUCUCUUUCCUUCUCCAAGGCCAAUGUUUUUACAAAAAGUAGCUUUCUCGCCUCUCUCUGCCUGCAGAAUGAGGAUACCUCUCCCCUGCGCCACCCAGGGCUGGUUUUCCAUUAUCCUUCAGAAGAGCGGAAGCAGAGAGCAGGAGGUACCUGCAAGCACUGCAAACAGGAUGCACUAUGUACAAAACGGGAAUAUGCUUGCUAUUCUAUAAUAUGCUUUAAGUGCUUUAGAAAGGGGAUAACACUGGGAGACCCAGUACAGACAAGUGGUCAGUGUUCAGACAUUUUGUCCUAUAUAUUUUGAAGAAAUUAAAGACAUUUUUAAUAAUUAUGGAGACUGUUCCAAGGGCAAAUCGAGCCAAAUCAAUAGAACCUGGUAGCAGUAUACAUUUAAAUCUAAAAUGAUCAAACUUGAUUUUUCAUGUAUUUCAUGCUAAAUAGAGGCAAUGUUUUUCAAGGUUUAGACAAAUAAGUUGGAGAUAUUAAAGUAGUUGUUUCUUUUCUGUUUUAAUAAGUUUUCCUGUUUUAAAGACACAUAAUAUAAUAAAGAGUUAUAAUAAUCUCCCAGGGAAAAAAAUAAAUUACUUGUCCAGUGUAAUACGUGUGUGUGUAAAUAUGUGUGUGCAUGUAUGUGUGUGCGUGUACGUGUGUGCAUGUGUAUAUGUAUAUGCAUAUGCAUAUGUAUACAUAUAUGUUUGGGUGGGGAUAGGGAUGUGGUAGUAGUCAUGUAUACAUAUGUACACUCCCUGCUCUUCCCCACAGAAUUUUUUUUUUUUUAAUUUUGGUAAUUUUUAAAGGGGGAUGCAUCUUUCUAAGAAGUGGUCGAUUCCUUUUCCUCCUCUAUGCAUCAGCAGUUUGGUAUAUUAAUUUUUUUAAUGAUGUCAGAUAUGUCUUAGGCUCUUUUAGUCUGUUUGUUAUUAAAUGGUGGUUCAAGCAUAUGGGAAGCGAGACCAACACUAACUGUUGCCAUCAUCAAAAGAAAAGGGAAGAUUACUUUUCAAAUCAAUGCUAAUGGACGAAGUGACGAAAUCCGAAUACGAAUAAAAGAAACAUAGCCGUGCAGAAGUGUUGUGAAGUUGUUUGGGAUCUA